UCGAGAGAAGAACAGCAAGAGGAGAGAGGCAUACGCCGCCAAGAAGCACGCGCGGGUUUCUUGAGAAUUCAUGUGACGCGACACACGAUCGAGCAUGGCGAGCGGCGGCGCGGGCUACUACUACGGCGACCGCUACGGCGCAUACGGCAACGGCUACUCAUUCUCGCGGCAGCAGCCCGCCUCGUCGCAGUCGCCGGCGACGUCGCUCCACCUCUGCCUGUUCCUGGCCACGGCGUCGCUCCUCGGCGCCGCGUCGCUCUACUCGCACUGCGAGUCGGCGGUGGAGGGCCUGUUCGACCAGCUCCGGGUCGCCGUCGUCCUGUCCCCGCUCGUCCUCCUGCUCGCGGCGCAGUACUGGACCGCCUCAGGGCGGAGCUGGCGGUCCUCGUCCUCGCCAUCGCUGCUCGUGUCGCCGAUGGUGGUAUCGGGGGAGCACCCGCCGUGGUACGAGCAGCAGCGGCGGGACAGCGGCGGCGCCGGGUCGUCGCCGUGGGGCGUGGCGCUGGCGCUGGCACUCGUGCUGCUGCUCGUCUCCUACCAGUCGUGCUUCCAGGACCUGUGGUUCCCGGCCGUCAGCCGCCGCAGCCGACGCUGAGCUCUGUCGGAUCGGAUCGUUGCUAAUGGAGGUGAAUAUCAUUAGCAUAGCAGGGUUUUGUUGCAGUAUGCCCUUAGGCCGUCAGAAACUAUAGAUGAUAUUAUUCGAUGUAACUGGAGUUGGCUGCUGUGAUAUAAAUAAAGAACAGUUCUCUUGCA